CCUCACUGUUUCCAAAUGCUGAAUCUGCUGCUGCUGGCACUGCCCCUGUUCAGCCUGGUGCAUGCAGCCCCCGCUCCAGCUGUGCCAAGAGUGGGCAUUGUUGGGGGACAGGAGGCACCUGGGAACAAGUGGCCCUGGCAGGUGAGCCUUCGUGCCAAUGAAACCUACUGGAUGCAUUUCUGCGGCGGCUCCCUCAUCCACCCACAGUGGGUGCUCACCGCGGCACACUGUGUGGGACCGACUAUUGCUGAUCCCAACAAGUUCAGAGUACAGCUUCGAAAGCAGUACCUCUAUUACCAUGACCACCUGCUGGCUGUGAGCCGGAUCAUCACACACCCGACAUUCUACACCCCCCAGAAUGGGGCGGACAUCGCCCUACUUGAGCUCAAGAACCCUGUAAACAUUUCCAGCCAUGUCCACCCCGUCUCCCUGCCUCCUGCCUCAGAGACCUUCCCCUCGGGAACAUUGUGCUGGGUGACAGGCUGGGGGAACAUCGACAAUGAUGUGAGCCUGCCACCGCCAUUUCCCUUGAAGGAGGUGCAAGUUCCCAUUGUGGAAAACCAGCUUUGUGACCUGAAGUAUCACAAAGGUGUCUACACAGGGGACAACAUCCACAUUGUUCGCGAUGACAUGCUGUGUGCUGGGAAUGAAGGACACGACUCCUGCCAGGGUGACUCCGGAGGACCUCUGGUCUGCAAGGUAAAUGGUACCUGGCUGCAGGCAGGUGUGGUCAGCUGGGGUGAGGGCUGUGCGCAGCCCAACAGGCCUGGCAUCUACACUCGGGUCACCUAUUACUUGGACUGGAUCCACCGCUAUGUUCCCAAGGACUUCUGA